CGUUGGAGAAAGGAAGAGUUUUUCCUCGAGAUUCACCUGCUCCAACUAUUCUUCUCGUUGGGAAUGGACGAUGGAAUGUUCUCUAGCUUUAUCAUGAUCAGAAACCUCCUUCUCUUUUGUAUUUCCAUGAACCUGGCCAGUCACUUUGGCUUUUCCCAGAUGCCGACCAGUGCCGUGAAGGAUGAGACCAACGACAACAUCACCAUCUUCACCAGGAUCCUGGACGGGCUCCUGGACGGCUAUGACAACCGGCUGCGGCCAGGGCUCGGAGAGCGCGUCACGCAGGUGAGGACGGACAUCUACGUCACCAGCUUCGGCCCAGUGUCCGACACGGAGAUGGAAUACACCAUCGACGUGUUUUUCCGGCAAAGCUGGAAAGACGAGCGCCUGCGCUUCCAGGGCCCGAUGCAGCGCCUGCCGCUCAACAACCUUCUGGCCAGCAAGAUCUGGACGCCCGACACGUUCUUCCACAACGGGAAGAAGUCCAUCGCGCACAACAUGACGACGCCCAACAAGCUGCUGCGCCUGGAGGACGACGGCACCCUGCUCUACACCAUGCGCUUGACUAUCUCCGCAGAGUGUCCGAUGCAACUGGAGGACUUCCCCAUGGAUGCGCACGCUUGCCCCCUGAAAUUUGGCAGCUACGCAUACCCUAACUCCGAGGUCGUGUACGUCUGGACCAACGACACCACCAAGUCGGUGGUGGUGGCAGAAGACGGCUCCAGGCUGAACCAGUACCACCUGAUGGGGCAGACGGUGGGCACGGAGAACAUCAGCACCAGCACGGGCGAGUACACCAUUAUGACGGCUCAUUUCCACCUGAAGAGGAAGAUCGGGUACUUCGUCAUCCAGACCUACCUUCCCUGCAUAAUGACCGUGAUCUUGUCACAGGUCUCCUUCUGGCUGAACCGGGAGUCCGUCCCGGCCAGGACCGUGUUCGGGGUGACCACGGUGCUGACGAUGACGACGCUCAGCAUCAGCGCCCGGAACUCGCUGCCCAAGGUGGCCUACGCCACCGCCAUGGACUGGUUCAUUGCCGUGUGCUACGCCUUCGUGUUCUCCGCGCUCAUCGAGUUCGCCACGGUGAACUACUUCACCAAGAGAGGCUGGGCCUGGGACGGCAAGAAAGCCUCGGAGGCGGCCAAGAUCAAGAAAAAGCAGCGGGAACUCAUACUAAAUAAGUCCACCAAUGCUUACACCACCGGGAAGAUGACCCAUCCUCCCAACAUCCCCCAGGAGCAGACCCCAGCGGGGACCGCCAAUGCCGCCUCCUCGGUCGCGGCGAAUCCUCCUGAAGACAAGACCCCUGAAAACAAAAAGACUUACAACAGCAUCAGCAAGAUCGACAAGAUGUCCCGGAUCGUGUUCCCGGUCCUCUUCGGCACUUUCAACUUGGUCUACUGGGCGACGUAUUUGAACAGGGAGCCGGUGAUUAAAGGGGCCGCCUCCCCCAAAUGAUGCGCGGCACCCCCAGACUCCAAGACAGCCAUCAUCCCAUGGAGUGGGACCCGGGGGGGUGGGGGCUGAGCUCAGAGACACUUCCCAUUCUUGGGCACACUACCUUUCAGGAAAUUUUUGCAUGUUUAAUAAUAUGUACAAAUACGAUUGCCUUGAUGUUUCUACAUAUAACGUCGGAUGUUUCCAAGAUGUCACAUUGAUAAACAACACCAAGAACUUUCUAGAAAACCGGAAAGGCUCUGACACUCAGAUGCUCAGCAGCUGACCUUGAUAGUUUACACACAAGAUAAGUAUAUUUUUAACUGUUCCAAGGGUUACCUAACGACGUUUUUUAUACUUCCAGUGUCAUUUCAUACAAAAUUUCCCAGCAAAUGAAUAUUUUAUGAAAUGCUCCAUGGUUAUUACUUGAGCAACUCUUGCAAGAAACAAACAAACAAACAAAUAACAAAGAGCACAUUUUUCACAAAAAGGGAAACUGUGAGCAUUUAUGUACAAAACUAAUCGCCUUUGAUGAUUCUUACUCUUCCCAAAUUAGGAAGUGCUGCAUGACCUUCCUUUAAGAACUAGAAUAGGCAAAUAUUUAUGCAGACCCAUUUAAUGACAGAGGCAUAACGGUAUGGGAGACGAACAGAUCAAAUAUUUCCCCGAGGAAAAAAAAAUAACUGCUGAAAAAAUCUUUUUUUUUUUUUGGUGUGUAGGGGGAGACAUUGACUCCCUACCCCCCGUCACUGCCCCUACUAACUGGACAAUGACUGAGAAAGAAAUGCUGUUCAAACGAAAAGCCGUGUGACGACAGUCUUGACAUUUGUCCCGAGCGUUCGAGUCUGACACUUUGACCACGCCUCGCUGCAGCCAGUGUGUGACGCUUCCGUGGUGAGACAUUGUAACUGAUUUCUCUUCCAUGUUAUUUCCUUGUACGUAUUUCACGAUCGACUUCCUGCUGUUCGCUUUUGUAUAUGGACCUUCAGUGUUCCUUAAAAAAAUAAAAACUGACCUGAUCUCGUGGAUAAAUGUCAUGU